UCUAUUAAUUAAACUCGUUAAAAUUAUAUAACCAUUACUUAAUGGUUGAUAAAAAUGUAAUCAUUUAUUAAAGACAGAUAACGGAAGAAAUUUGAUUUGUUUAAAAAGCAGAGACACCACGAGAAAGAUCAUUGUGAUCUUCUAAUUGCCGAAGUGAAAACUACUCCGCCAUCAUGGACCUCACAAUAUUAUUUAUUUUACCUCUAUUGUAUAAUGCUCGUCUGGCGGCCUCACAAUCUGACCCUAUUUUAGCAAACUCCUUAGACGUUGCUAGAAACAUAUCAGCAGUUUUUCCUUCAGGGUCCCAUACUGCAAAUCCGAUACAAACAUCUUCAACCACACCAUAUGUACCACCGGCUUCAUCAACAUUUAAGUAUUGGACUACUCAACCUACACAUCCCACUCAAUCGUCAACCAAAUAUAUCCCACCGUGUUGGACCCAAACGACAACCGCUAAACCUACACAGACCACCCCUCGGUACACGCCACCUCCCACCGUUUCCACAACUAAAUACAUUCCACCUUGUUGGACCCAAACAACAACCGCUAAACCUACACAGACCACCCCUCGUUACACACCACCUCCCACCGUUUCCACAACGAAAUACAUUCCACCUUGUUGGACCCAAACAACAACCGUUAAACCUACACAAACCACCCCUCGGUACACGCCACCUCCCACUGUUUCCACAACGAAAUACAUUCCACCUUGUUGGACCCAAACAACAACCGUUAAACCUACACAAACCACCCCUCGGUACACGCCACCUCCCACUGUUUCCACAACGAAAUACAUUCCACCUUGUUGGACCCAAACAACAACCGUUAAACCUACACAAACCACCCCUCGGUACACGCCACCUCCUACUGUUUCCACAACAAAAUACGUCCCACCCUGUUGGACCCAAACAACAACCGUAAAACCUGCAAGAACAACAGUAUAUCCUGGAUUUGAAAGCUUCGUCUGUGAUAAGAAGAAUAAUUUCUAUUCAGUGCCCAAUGAAUGUGACACUUUCAUUGAAUGCAAGGAUAAUGUAGCUAGAAAGCACUUCUGCCCAGAAGGUCUAGUAUAUAAACCUAGCACAGUUUGGCCAGCGUAUCCUUGCGUGCUACCAUCGGAGUAUAAAUGCUUGAACGGCUCAAUAACACAGCCUGCACGUCCCAAUGCACAGUGUCCUCACGAGAAUGGCUAUUACGGCGUGCCUAACAGCGACUGCAGCCAAUACAUUGUGUGCGAACAGGGCAAAGCUACUUUAAUGAACUGUCCCAAAGGUUUAGUAUUUAACGAGGCAAUUUCCGAUUGCGAUUGGCCAGUUGCGGUGCCAUCCUGCCAUCCCGACGCACUCAAAGACUUUACUUGUCCGUCAGUGGAUGACGCAGAUAAUGAUAUGAUCACCAAGUACAGAUAUUACAACAGCUGUACAAACUACGUAGCUUGCCAACACGGAUUCCCGCGGUUAUUAUCCUGUUCAGCUGGUCUACGUUUUGACCAAGACCAACAGAAAUGUGUCGACGAAAGUAAUAUCGCAAAUUGUGAUGCAUAAAGCCACAACUUUAGACACUUUUAUAAAAAGUGAUUACAUUUAUAUAGACAAUUAUAAUUGAUAAACUGUAGAGUUAUCCUAAGAUACGGUAGCAAUUUAAUAGAAUAUGACUUAAUAAACAUUACCAAAACAGUCAAAUUUUUAGUUCCUAUAUUCAUAAAUAUUUUCGUCAGUACGUAAAAUAAUCGGAUUCCUAAAAUUAAAAGUCUAUAAUUAUCUUUCUUACAAGUACUUAGUAUAUUAAGCUUAUUAUUUAGCUCUUCCGGGAUUUGUGAGUAAUAUGUAAAAAUAUCUGUAUCGAGCUUACUUAUAUCGAGAGAUGCAUCCUUUAAUUUCGAAUGAGGUCCCCUUUAACUGCUCUCCUGCUACUUUCUUACCCUAACUACACCUACUGCGACAUAUCAUGUGAGCUAUGCGCAACGUAUACGUAUACUGAAAAAAAA